GGCCGGCGCCUCGGGCGCGGCGCGUUCUCGACGGUGACCGUCGCCUCCGACCGGGCCACGGGCAAGACCUACGCGUUGAAGGCCGUGGCGAAGGCGGAGGCGCUGCGGCGCGACGCGGCGCCCGCGCUCGCGCGCGAGCGCGACGCGCUUCGACUCGUCGCCGGCGACCCCUUCUGCCUCGCGCUCCACGCCACGUUCCAGGACGCGAAUUUCGUCUAUUUCCUCACGGCGCUCUGCGAGCACGACCUCAUGGACGCCUUCAUGGAGCGGGGGGCGCUGGACCACGACGCCGCGCGCCUCGCGGUCGCGUGCGUCGCGCUCGCGCUCUGCCACUGCCACGACCGCGACGUCGUCCACCGCGACCUGAAGCCGGAGAACGUCUUCGUGGACGACGCGGGCCUCGCGGUUUUGGGAGACUUUGGCCUGGCGGCGACGCUGCCCUACGGGACGGGCCUGCGGCUGAAGACCUUGUGCGGCACGGCGGAGUUCCUCGCGCCGGAGCUGCUCCCGCCCCAGCGGGGCUACGACCACGGCGUCGACUGGUGGGCGUUGGGCGUCGUCGCCUUCGAGGCGUCGCACGGCUACUCGCCCUUC